CUUGACUAUUCCGUGAUUAUUAAAGAGAGAUUUCCUAAAUUAUAUUGCCACCCUGAAGUCGACGAGAAACUGACGCGCCGCAGAGCCACACAGGAGGUGCGAUCCAUACUGCGAUGCAGGAGAGCAGGUAUCAACGCACCCGUUGUUUAUUUUGUUGACUACACCACCCAUUGCAUUUUCUUGGAGGAUAUUAUUCACUCAGUGUCAGUAAGAGACCACAUAGCAUCGGCUCAAGCAUCAGAACAAAACCCACAGCAUCUCCAGACUCUAGCAGACAAGAUUGGUGAAAUCCUGGCUCAGAUGCAUGAUGAAGAUGUCAUCCAUGGUGAUCUCACCACCUCCAACAUGCUUCUGGUCAGUGGAGCUGAAGACCAGAACAUGAAGCUGGUUCUGAUCGACUUUGGGUUGAGUUAUAUUUCUGCUCUACCAGAAGAUAAAGGCGUUGACCUGUACGUGUUGGAGAAAGCUUUUCUCAGCACUCAUCCCAAAACGGAGACUUUGUUUGAGAGACUUUUGAAAAGUUACACUGCUUCAUCCAAAAAGUCCUCAGCGGUCAUCAAGAAACUGGAUGAAGUUCGAUUGAGAGGACGGAAGAGGUCUAUGGUCGGAUAAAGUGCAUUACAGCGUGUAUUCUGGCAUUGAAAUGGUUUCACACAGGAUUUGCUACAAGCUUAGAGCUGUAGUUUGAUGUUGGAAAUGUAGUCAUUUUUGUAGUACAUGAAUGUGUAGGGUUUUUCACGCACUGAACAUAACGUAAUGAAUGGUUCAAUCUCAGAUUCUCCAAUUCAGUGUGAGUGCAUAAGACAAAUGCAGACCCUCGACUGAAGACUGAUUCACACUUGGAAAUCCACUGAUACCAGCUGAUCAAUUUUUAAUGAAUGUUGGUCAAAGAGUAACUUUUUUUCAUACUGUACUGUUUUAUCUAAAGUUCAAUAUAAUUAAUAUAGUGCAAUGUUAAU